GCCACUUCUCACCGUCUCUCCUUUCCUUUAUCCCCGUCUCACCACCCUUCUUUCCUCCCCCCUGCCCUCCGAAUCUCUCCUUUUCUGGUUGGUAGCUGCUGGAGAUGACACCAUAAAUCGACUUGACGGGCAGCGGAGAUAAGAUAAACGGGAGAUAAAUAUAUAAACAUAUAUAAGUAUAAGAAAAAGGAGAGAGGGAGGAAGUGAAGAAAGAUGAUGUUGGAGUAUGAAUGGGGGAAUCCGGCGGCGGCGAUGCUGCUGUUCGGGGACCAGGAGACCGGCCAGGACACAGGACAGGACCGGCCGGUGUUCGACUACUACGGCGGCCACGGUGGCCUCGGCGGCGUCGACUUCUUCCCAAACCCCCAGCCGCUGACAGCCGCGGCGCUCUUCUCGCCUCCAUCAUCAUCGCCGUCCUCAUGCCAACAGAGAUAUGGACUGGCGCUGCCGCCGGCGCCGGCGAGGAUCGGGCUGAACCUUGGCGUGCGGACCUACUUCUCCUCUGCCUCGCCGGAGGAGGAGAUGGCCGUCGGCCGGGUGUGCAGGCGGCGGACCCGCACCGCCCGGUGCCAGGCCGAGGGCUGCGCCGCGGACCUCACCCAUGCCAAGCACUACCACCGACGCCACAAGGUCUGCGAGUUCCACUCCAAGGCCUCCAUCGUCAUCACCGCCGGCCUCUCCCAGCGCUUCUGCCAGCAGUGCAGCAGGUUCCAUGUACUGGCGGAGUUUGAUCAAGGGAAGCGGAGCUGCAGGAAGCGGCUGGCGGAUCACAACCGGCGAAGGAGGAAGUCUCAAGACCUUACCACGGCCACCAUUACGGCCACCCAUGCCAAUAACAGCACCACCAACACUACUAGCGGUGUGACCAACAACUCGGCGGCCAAUCCAGGGAGGAUACUCUUCAAUACCAGCAGCAGCACCAUCAACAACAAGAGCAUCAGCAGCAAUAAUAACUGUAGCAACCACUCUGCUACUACUGCUGCUAUGGCGUUCGCCGCGUGCAAGCCGGAGACCGAGUCUUCUGUGACUCAUGCGUCGCCCCCCAAGGCGCCGCCGUCGCUGCCGCUGCCACCACCAGCUGCAUUGCCAAGGAUGGCACUCGGGCUGGGCUGCGGCAGUGGGGGCAUCAUGACAGUCCCAGCUGCGGCAACAGGGCUGUCGGCCUCGUCAUCAACGGGGACUUCGCCGCCGAGCGUUGCAUUCCAGCUGGCUCACCUUGGAGAGUUCCGCGGGCAUGAGAACAGGUUUCCCAGCUGGGAUGACUCGGAGGACGGAAGCAGUAUCAGAGGGCUUUAUCAGAGCAAGUAGGAGAAGCAGCAGCAGUAGAAUGUAGUUCUUGAGUUGCUUUUUGUUGUCCUUUUGAGUUCCUUUCUUCUUGUUCUUGUUUUUUUUCUUCUUAAUAAGAGUCAUCUUAGUUUUGGAAAUAUUGGUAUGGUCACA